CCGGGCGAGGCAGGCGCGCCGAGCCCCGCAGUGCAGCCCGCGGCCCCGCGGCGACGCCGACCGACCGAGGCCCGCGACGAGCAGCGCUUGGGACCCGAUGUCGCCGACCAGCCUGCGCCAUCCGCGCGGCGCCAACCGCAUGGCGCGGCUCCUGAGACUCUGCGCCGGGCUGCUGGCGCUCGGGCCCGGGCUCCUGGCCACCGUGACGGCGGACUGCGGCCACGACUGCGCGACGUGCAGCUACCGCCUGGCGCGCCCGGCCGACCUCAACCCCCUGGCUUGCACACUGGAAUGUGAAGGGAAACUGCCCUCUCUCAAAACCUGGGAAACUUGCAAGGAGCUUCUGCAACUGUCCCAGCUGGAGCUGCCUCAAGAUGGCACCAGCGCCCUCAGAGAGAGCAGCAAGCCGGAGGAGGGCCACGCGCUAGCCAAAAAAUAUGGCGGCUUCAUGAAAAGGUAUGGAGGCUUCAUGAAGAAAAUGGAUGAGCUCUACCCCCAGGAGCCAGAAGAAGAGGCAAAUGCAGGGGAAAUCCUUGCCAAGAGAUACGGGGGCUUCAUGAAGAAGGACGCAGAGGAGGAAGACACCCUGGCCAAUUCUUCAGACCUGCUGAAAGAGCUGCUGGGAACGGGGGACAACCGAGAGAGCGGCCACCACCAAGAGGGAAGUGAUGAUGAUGAAGUGAGCAAGAGGUACGGGGGCUUCAUGAGAGCCUUGAAGAGAAGCCCCCAACUGGAAGAAGAAGCCAAGGAGCUGCAGAAGCGGUAUGGGGGCUUCAUGAGAAGAGUCGGCCGUCCCGAGUGGUGGAUGGACUACCAGAAAAGGUAUGGGGGCUUCCUCAAGCGCUUUGCCGACUCUCUGCCGUCUGACGAAGAAGGAGAAAGCUACUCCAAGGAAGUUCCUGAGAUGGAGAAGAGAUAUGGAGGAUUUAUGAGAUUUUAACCCCCUUUCCGGCCGAUGACCCCCGGCCCAGCAAGCCUCCCUCUGCACCCCCCCCCAAACACCCCCCGGUCAAUCGUAUUUCAUUAUCGCGCACUGCUUGCAUUGUACAGUGGACUUGAUUGUCUGGGUAACUAACCACACAACCAGAGAGCGCUCACUUCAGGUUCUCUGUUCUCUUGACAGUGUUUAUGCUCAGUAUUGGCCGAUUGGAGCUGUGUCGUUUUCAGGCUAAAAUAGUUGUUGUUCCUUUGUCCUUCAUUUUUGACAAAAUGCCAGUAAAUGCUUACUUGUAAAUAGAUACAAUAAACCCAUUACCCCAACUGCAUGACAUUCGUGUAAGUUUCUUCUUCCCCCAAGGUCCUCAUUUGCCUUCUGGUUUCCACGGUAAAUCCUAAAGUUGAAGACUCUGAGGCCAUCUGCUUUUGACAGACUCACCGCUGGCUGCCUCUUCCAACAGCUGAGGCUGCCAAACCAUUUUUUCAUUUAAAUUCCUGACAUGUAAAAUCUUAGAUGAGUAAACACAUUGAGCAAAAUACAAUGUAUAUCCACUCUCGUUUCUGGAAAUCAGAUACAGGACGAAAAGCCAAAACCUAAUAAAGAAAUUAGCGACGCCCUCAUA